AUGCGAAGUACGGAUGGACCUCCUCCCGACCCUGGCCAACUGUGGGUAGCAUACUGCGCGCGGACGCGACGACCACUCAAGCAAGCGCAGUACUAUUUUCACCUCAAGCGGCAAAAAUUCAAGCAAGCAACGUUGCGUGCCCGCUUCCAGGCUGCCCACGAUUUUGACACAGGAUUGUUAUCCGCCGCGGAACACCUGGCAGCGGAAGAAACCUACGAUCUGCGUAUGCGCGAAGCCAAACAACGCGACCACGACCGCCAGUUCGACUGGCAUGCCAACGAGAACGAGCGGUCAUCGCGGUUCUUCUUCCGCCGCUGUCUCCACCUUUCGCCCGCUGCUAUCCACGCUGCGUUCAACGACCACUGGCGCACCAUCAUGGCACCGGCCGCACCUCCUCCAAUCAACGCGGCCGCGCAAACGCAUUUACUCGGUCUUAUUACCGAGCGGCUGUCCGAUCACGACCGCACUGCACUCGACGCACCCUUUACGACGCCCGAACUGGCGGACGCCAUUCGCGGCAUGUCGCCAAACAAGAGUCCCGGGCUUGACGGGCGAACGAACAAUGGGCUGGAGAAUUUCGAAGCACUAUGUCUUGUGCUCAGUUUACAGCUUCGGCUUGAGGCAGCUUGUUUCUCGUUGGAUGAUGUUGCUAUGAAUCAGUAG